UGGAGCUGGCAAGCCCGCGCUGAGGCAGGGCGCUCCUGCUAGCAGCCAGCGAGAGGCUCUCCGCCGUCCGGCGCGCGGGCUCCCCGGCCGGGGCCGGGCAAACUUUUCUUUCUCUUUUGCCCUCUCCUGAGGCGCCUUCUGCGGCGGGCGGACCGACUCCUCGGCGCGGCGGGGCCGGGGCAGGCUGGACGCAGCAUGAUGCGCGCAGUGUGGGAGGCGCUGGCGGCGCUGGCGGCGGUGGCGUGCCUGGUGGGCGCGGUGCGCGGCGGGCCCGGGCUCAGCAUGUUCGCCGGCCAGGCGGCGCAGCCCGACCCCUGCUCGGACGAGAACGGCCACCCGCGCCGCUGCAUCCCGGACUUUGUCAACGCGGCCUUCGGCAAGGACGUGCGCGUGUCCAGCACCUGCGGCCGGCCCGCCGGGCGCUACUGCGUGGUGAGCGAGCGCGGCGAGGAGCGGCUGCGCUCCUGCCACCUCUGCAACGCGUCGGACCCCAAGAAGGCGCACCCGCCCGCCUUCCUCACCGAUCUGAACAACCCGCACAACCUGACGUGCUGGCAGUCCGAGAACUACCUGCAGUUCCCGCACAACGUCACGCUCACGCUGUCGCUCGGCAAGAAGUUCGAGGUGACCUAUGUGAGCCUGCAGUUCUGCUCGCCACGGCCCGAGUCCAUGGCCAUCUACAAGUCCAUGGACUACGGGCGCACGUGGGUGCCCUUCCAGUUCUACUCCACUCAGUGCCGCAAGAUGUACAACCGGCCGCACCGUGCGCCCAUCACCAAGCAAAACGAGCAGGAGGCCGUGUGCACCGACUCGCACACCGACAUGCGCCCGCUCUCGGGCGGCCUCAUCGCCUUCAGCACGCUGGACGGGCGGCCCUCGGCGCACGACUUCGACAACUCGCCCGUGCUGCAAGACUGGGUCACGGCCACCGACAUCCGCGUGGCCUUCAGCCGCCUGCACACGUUCGGCGACGAGAACGAGGACGACUCAGAGCUGGCGCGCGACUCGUACUUCUACGCCGUGUCCGACCUGCAGGUGGGCGGCCGCUGCAAGUGCAAUGGCCACGCGGCCCGCUGCGUGCGCGACCGCGACGACAGCUUGGUGUGCGACUGCAGGCACAACACGGCCGGCCCGGAGUGCGACCGCUGCAAGCCGUUCCACUACGACCGGCCCUGGCAGCGCGCCACAGCCCGCGAGGCCAACGAGUGCGUGGCCUGUAACUGCAACCUUCACGCCCGGCGCUGCCGCUUCAACAUGGAGCUUUACAAGCUGUCGGGGCGCAAGAGCGGAGGCGUCUGCCUCAACUGUCGCCACAACACGGCCGGCCGCCACUGCCACUACUGCAAGGAGGGCUACUACCGCGACCUGGGCAAGCCCAUCACCCACCGCAAGGCCUGCAAAGCCUGCGAUUGCCACCCUGUGGGCGCCGCUGGCAAAACCUGCAACCAGACCACGGGCCAGUGUCCCUGCAAGGAUGGUGUGACUGGCAUCACCUGCAACCGCUGUGCCAAGGGCUACCAGCAGAGCCGCUCCCCCAUCGCCCCCUGCAUAAAGAUCCCCGUGGCACCGCCGACCACUGCAGCCAGCAGCGUGGAGGAGCCCGAAGACUGUGAUUCGUACUGCAAGGCCUCCAAAGGGAAGCUGAAGAUUAACAUGAAAAAAUACUGCAAGAAGGACUAUGCCGUCCAGAUCCACAUCCUGAAGGCGGACAAGGCGGGGGACUGGUGGAAGUUUACGGUGAACAUCAUCUCCGUGUACAAGCAGGGCACCAGCCGCAUCCGCCGCGGUGACCAGAACCUCUGGAUCCGCUCGCGGGACAUCGCCUGCAAGUGCCCCAAAAUCAAGCCCCUCAAGAAGUACCUACUGCUGGGCAACGCGGAGGACUCGCCCGACCAGAGCGGCAUUGUGGCGGACAAGAGCAGCCUGGUGAUCCAGUGGCGGGACACGUGGGCGCGGCGGCUGCGCAAGUUCCAGCAGCGCGAGAAGAAGGGCAAGUGCAAGAAGGCCUAGCGCGGGGGGGCAGCGGCGCGCCGGGCGGGUCGGGCGCCGGGGCCGGCGAGCGGGAGC